AUGGCUCAAGUCUCGGGAACCUGCGGCGCGCGCUUCACCGCGGUGAAGGCACUGCUGGAAUCCAAACUCGCCGCGGGGGAAGAACUGGGCGCGUCGCUCGUCGUCGACAUGGGCGGCGAGAAAGUUGUUGAUUUAUGGGGCGGGUACGCUGACGUGGAGAAGACCAAGCCGUGGGGGGAAGACACCAUCACGAACGUCUGGUCGUCUUCCAAGACAGUCAUCAGUCUCGCAGCCCUGCUGCUCAUCGACCGCCAGCUGCUCGACCCGUAUGAGAAGGUGUCGAAGUACUGGCCCGAGUUCGGUGGGAACGGGAAGGAGGAUGUAGAGGUCCGCCACGUGCUGUCGCACUCCUCGGGCGUCUCGGGCUGGGAGGGCGACAUCACCAUGGCAGACAUGUACGACCUGGAGACCUCGACCGCGCGCCUCGCGGCCCAAGAACCCUGGUGGACGCCGGGCACCGCAUCGGGCUACCACAGCCUAACCAUGGGCCACCUGCUCAGCGAGCUCUGUUCCCGCACCACGGGCAAACCGCUCGCGCGCUUCGUGGCCGACGAGCUCACGACCCCGCUGGGCGCCGACUUUUCCUUCGGCGUCGCCAAAUCAGAAUACCACCGCGUCGCCGACCUGGUGCCCCCGCCUGCGCCGCCUGCGCCGCCCGCGGACCAAACCCCCGACCCGACGAGUGUGUUCGCGAGAACGCUGCUCAAUCCGCCCAUGGACGCGCGAGUCGCAGCAGAGGACGCCUGGCGCGCCGCUACGGUGUUUGCCGCCAACGGCCACACCAAUGCGCGUGGGCUGGCGAAGAUACUCGCGCCUGUGUCCUGCCACGGCACCGUUGGCGACACCAAGCUGCUGCGUCCAGAGACGGUGGAUUUGAUAUUCCGCGAGCAGACGCUCGGUCCCGAUCUGGUCCUUGGCGCGCGCACCCGCUUCGGUAUCGGGUAUGGGCUGAACGGGGCGGGGCCCGGUGGGGCUGGGUGGUGGCUUCCCGAGGGCAAGAUCUGUUUCUGGGGUGGGUGGGGUGGUAGUGUGGCGAUUAUGGAUGUUGGGAGGGGCGUGACGAUUACGUACGCCAUGAACAAGAUGGUCAGUCAGGGGCUGGGGAGUGGGUUGGCCAAGGACUAUGUUUGGGAGGUGUAUAGGGCGCUGGGGGUUGCUAUUCCCGAGGAGACUGCGUAG